GUGCCUGCACACAUGCGGAGGGGAGGAGAGGGGAGCCGAGGGGAGGCCCGCCCUCUCCUCACACCCCUCUCCAGCCGGCGGCUGCCUCCGCCCGCACUUUGACAGCUCGUGGGUGCAGGCGGCCGGGGGCUGGCCCGGGGUCCCUCGAGGUGCCAGGGCGCGGACGCUGGCUCUGCGCGGCGUGCCGCCAGCGCCCCCGGCUCUCGCCCGCCCGCGCGCGCUGCCCAAUCGCGGGCUCGGCCGCCGCCGCCCAGGUCCCCCGGGGGCAGGAGCCGCCGCUGCCGCCGUCCUGGGAACCUGCCGCGGCUGCGCUGACUGCGCGCCCUGCUAAUGGCUGAGCCGCGGGGCCGCUCAGUGUGGCUGUAGCAGCCGGACGGAGCCAGAGACGUGCCCGGAGCCCCGGCGCCCACAGCCAGCCGCCUCCUCGUCGCGCCCUGCGCCCAGGCCGGGCCGGGCCAGCCUUGGCCGCCGCUGCCUCUCCUCGCCUCGCCUCGCCGCACCGUGCCCCCCGCCAUGGUGUCCUGGAUCAUCUCCAGGCUGGUGGUGCUCCUAUUUGGCACCCUUUAUCCUGCGUAUUAUUCGUACAAGGCAGUAAAGUCAAAGGACAUUAAAGAAUACGUAAAAUGGAUGAUGUACUGGAUUAUAUUUGCACUUUUUACAACAGCAGAGACAUUCACGGAUAUCUUUCUUUGCUGGUUCCCCUUCUAUUAUGAACUAAAAAUAGCCUUCGUGGCCUGGCUGCUGUCUCCUUACACAAAGGGCUCCAGCCUCCUCUACAGGAAGUUUGUGCAUCCUACGCUGUCAUCAAAAGAAAAGGAAAUUGAUGACUGCCUGGUCCAAGCCAAAGACCGGAGCUAUGAUGCCCUUGUGCACUUUGGGAAGCGGGGGCUGAACGUCGCAGCCACUGCAGCAGUGAUGGCUGCUUCCAAGGGACAAGGUGCCUUAUCUGAGAGGCUCCGGAGCUUCAGCAUGCAAGACCUCACGACUAUCCGCGGGGAUGGGGCCCCCGUCCCCUCUGGCCCACCUCCCUCAGCCACCGUGCGGACCAGCAGCAAACAUGGCCAGCCCAAGAUGUCCAGAAGUGCAUCUGAAAGUGCUGGAAGUUCAGUGGUUGAGGGAGAGGUGAAUGAGGGGGGUGUGCAGUUGUGGAAGCCGUCCCCACUCCCGGGCAAGGACCCUUUGGCAUUUUCCGACGAGGAAGAGGAGGACCUCUUGGAUUACAUGUACAAGUUUAAAGCUCCCCGGAAGACGGAGAGGCCUCUGGAGGCACCGCCUAGGAUCCUUCGAUCUCGCUUCAGGAAGAAAUGUACCUCAUUCCCUGCCACUGAAACCAUGUGAGUUAGAUGAGCCAACAGCACCGGGAUCUACAGCACGCCUCUUCUCUGCCUUAAAGAGCUAUUCACUUAAUAACAUAGAAAUCUGGGAGCUGGGUGUGCUUUGAGUGGGCAGCAUUGUAGUCAUGGCCUUCUCUCUCUCUCUCUCUCUCUCUCUCUCUCUCUCUCUCUCUUUCUCUCUUAAAAAAAAUAAUUUUCAUGGGAGAAGGGGCUAAGGGUGGGAUAGCAGGAAAUGACCUCUAAGUCCCCUGAGGUUGGUAGUAUUCACAGCUCAGUAGUCAUCAACUUGAGAGAAAAACAUCACAGCAGAAAUUAUCUCUGCUGUUUCUGAAAUACAGAAAUGUUUGGGGUAUAAGUUUGUAAUUUAUCAGUUAUUUAUCUAGUUUUUAUUCCCAUAAAUGCAAAUAUUAGCAAUUAAAAGAAAAUAUCCUCCCUACUUGAUAAGAAUACUUUGGAUCAUCAUGUAUUUUAUAUUUUUGGUUAAAAUAAAUAGACUUGCAGAGGCCAACGAUGGCUCACAAUUAUGUCAAAAGACUGAAUGAAAAAAACAAAUUUUGAUUUUUCUUAAAGCAACAAACCCACUGAAAUUCUUGUUCCCAUAUGGAAUUUGUCAAAGUUUCCAGGUACAACUCAAGCGGGUCUGGCAAGUAUUUCACUAUGUGAGUGAGGACAGAAAAAAUUAGUGAUGGAGUGAAGAGAUCUGGUGGUCAGCCCUCUCUGCAAAGUUUCUUUUCUAUUCCCCUGAGAUGUAAUAGUGAGCUGGAUACCAUGGGAUAAAGGAGGGUGUGAAAGGAAGCAGGGUCUCUGCACUGGAUCCGGGGCCGGGAAUUCUUGAAUCCUUCCUAGGACUUUGACAUCUGCGCCAGGACCCUUCACUUUGUAAAGCUUCCUGGGGAUGGGACCGUGCACCUACCUCGCAGGGAUGCUUGGAGGACUUACGGACAGAACGAGCUUAGCAGAGGAAAAGUUCUAGGUCCCAGUAAGGAUGCCCCACCAUCUUCCCUGCACUGACCCACUCUGAAACCAUUCUCACCUGAUAGAGACAGGAGGGGUGAAGGCAGCUGCCAGUGAAUUGGUGAAAAGAAAAGCUAGAAUCGGUAUUUUUAACUGAAGCUUUCUAAUUCAUUCUAGACAUGUUUGCAAUCACCUGUGAUAAGAGGAGCAGGAAAGAUUUUGGGAGAAUUCUGGUGGCAAAACUUGGUCCUAGAAAACACGGCUUUCCGUUGAAAUCUUGCUCUCAUCUAGUGGCUUCCAAGAGACACUUCUCAUGACCUUAUGGGUUCUCAUGAACCCAUGGGAAAGUCUAGACUUGUAUUGAGAACAGAGCCCAAUUUCUUUUUUCCAAAAAAGGAGAAUCUGGAUUAGAUGUCAUUUUAAUCUUAAGUGUUAGGAUAGUGUUUUCAUCCCUAGAUUAGGAAAGAAGAGGAAGAAGCUGUAUUGAAUAUUUGUGCUUUCAAGAUAUAAGUGUAUUCUGCAUGCAGUGUUCACCAAGCAGUUAAUCAAUCCUUUAGCUGAUUGUGUUGGCCUUUAAUCUGUCCCAUAGGCUAGAAAACAUGUGUACCACAUAAGAAUUGCUGUCAACUGAAAUAUAUAACCGGGUCUAUUAAAGACUGUUCCAUUAUUAACAUAGUUAAGGUGCAGCGGGCCAUCUAGGGAGAUGGUAAACUGGCAGGCUCAGAAAUGUUUGCCCUUGAAAUUGUUUGCCAGUUACUAUCCCUUGGGUCCUUCAUAAAUUAUUUUAUAGUGUCCUUCAAAAAAAAAAAA